AUGUCUGCGGCAAACAGCAUCAAGGUCGUCGCCCGCUUCCGCCCCCAGAACCGGCUCGAACUCGAAUCUGGGGGCAAGCCUAUCGUCGCCUUCCAGGGCGAUGAUAGUUGCUCGCUCGACUCCAAAGAUGCACAGGGGUCCUUCACCUUUGACAGGGUCUUCGACAUGGAAUGCCAGCAACAGGACAUUUUCGACUUUUCGAUCCGGCCGACUGUCGACGAUAUCCUCAACGGCUACAAUGGAACCGUCUUCGCCUAUGGCCAGACUGGUGCCGGUAAAUCAUACACCAUGAUGGGUACCGGCAUCGAGGACGAGGCUGGUCGCGGUGUCAUUCCCCGCAUCGUCGAGCAAAUAUUCGCCAGCAUCAUGUCCAGUCCCAGCACAAUCGAAUACACAGUCCGCGUAAGCUACAUGGAAAUCUACAUGGAGCGCAUUCGAGAUCUUUUGGCUCCGCAAAAUGAUAAUCUCCCAGUCCACGAGGAGAAGAAUCGCGGCGUCUACGUCAAGGGUCUGCUGGAAAUCUACGUCUCCAGCGUCCAAGAAGUGUACGAGGUCAUGCGGCGCGGUGGAAACGCCCGUGCUGUCGCUGCCACAAACAUGAACCAGGAGUCCUCUCGGUCGCAUUCCAUUUUUGUCAUUACCAUCACCCAAAAGAAUGUCGAGACUGGGUCGGCGAAGAGCGGUCAACUGUUCUUGGUUGAUUUGGCGGGCAGCGAAAAGGUGGGGAAGACUGGCGCCAGCGGCCAGACCCUGGAGGAGGCCAAAAAGAUCAACAAGAGUCUGAGUGCUCUCGGCAUGGUUAUCAAUGCCCUCACGGACGGAAAAUCUUCUCACGUUCCCUACCGUGACUCAAAACUGACCCGAAUCCUACAAGAGUCUCUCGGUGGUAACAGUCGCACCACCCUCAUCAUCAACUGCUCACCCAGCAGCUACAACGACGCUGAGACGCUAGGUACCCUGCGAUUUGGUACGAGAGCGAAGAGCAUCAAGAACAAGGCGAAAGUCAAUGCCGAACUUAGCCCCGCAGAGCUCAAAGCGCUUCUCAAAAAGGCCCAGGGCCAAGUCACCAACUUUGAGUCGUACAUUUCCAAUCUCGAAAGUGAAGUCCAGCAAUGGCGCUCCGGAGAGCCGGUUCCCAAAGACAAAUGGGCCCUCCCUACCUCUGAUGUGGUUGCGAAGAAGCCCACCGAGACGAGACAGCCACAGCGCCCCUCGACGCCAUCACGCCUAUCCGCCGAGAACCGAUCCGAGACACCACUUCCCUCAGAGCGCGCCAGCACGCCAGUCAUUGCUCUGGAAAAAGAUGAACGUGAAGAGUUCCUCCGCCGCGAGAACGAACUACAAGAUCAGCUCGCUGAGCGAGAGUCGCAUGCUACUACGGCUGAGAAGCUACUACGCGAGACCAAGGAGGAAUUGAGCUUCAUCAAGGAGCAUGACACCAAGACCGGCAAGGAGAAUGAGCGCCUGACUACCGAAGUCAAUGAGUUCAAGAUGCAGUUAGAGCGUCUUAACUUUGAGGGCAAGGAAGCCCAUAUCACGAUGGAUGCGCUCAAGGAGGCCAACUCGGAGCUGACUGCCGAGCUCGACGAGGUCAAGCAGCAGCUCCUUGAUGUCAAGAUGAGCGCCAAGGAGAACGGCGUCGCCUUUGACGAGAAGGAGAAGAGAAAGGCCGAGAAGAUGGCCAAAAUGAUGGCCGGCUUUGAUCUCGGCGGUGACGUCUUCAGCGAGAACGAAAGGCAAAUUGCCCAAGCCAUUAAGCACAUCGAAACUCUACACGAGCACAGCAAGAUUGGCGACAACAUUGCCCCCGAGGAGUUCGAGGCGCUCAGGAUCAAGUUGAUUGAGACGCAGGGCAUCGUAAGACAGGCUGAGCUGUCUAUGUACAGUGUGCCCGCCAGCGAUAUGGACUCGCGCCGUCGCCACGAGCUGGAAGUCCGACUUGAGGGUCUUCAGCAAGAGUAUGAGGAUGUGCUAACCAAGAACUUGAGCGAGACCGACAUUGAGGAAGUCAAGGCUCGCCUCGAGAGCGCCCUUGCUGGCCGGCAAAGUACCCAGAUCCAGUUGGUGGAUGACCUCAAGGCCGAGGCCGCGCAAAAGGCCACUGAGAACUCGCGGAUGAAAACACUAAUUGACGACCUUCAACAACGCGUCAAGUCGGGUGGCGCCGUGCCGAUGGCCAACGGCAAGACGGUCCAGCAGCAGAUUGCCGAAUUCGACGUCAUGAAGAAGAGCCUCAUGAGAGACUUGCAGAACCGCUGCGAGCGUGUCGUGGAGCUUGAAAUAUCCUUGGACGAGACUCGCGAGCAGUACAACAAUGUUCUGCGGUCAUCAAACAAUCGCGCCCAACAAAAGAAGAUGGCAUUCUUGGAGCGAAACCUGGAGCAGCUCACGCAAGUUCAGCGUCAGCUUGUCGAGCAAAACUCGGCACUGAAGAAGGAAGUGGCCAUUGCAGAGCGCAAGCUGAUUGCUCGCAACGAGCGUAUCCAAAGCCUCGAGGGCCUGCUGCAAGACAGCCAGGAGAAGAUGGCUGCCGCCAACCACAAAUUCGAAGUACAACUCAACUCGGUCAAGGAGCGCCUCGAGGCAGCCAAGGCCGGCGGCAACCGUGGCCUCAACUCUGGUCCAGGCGGCUUCAGCUUCGCUAAUGCUGGCAGCCGCAUCGCCAAACCCCUCCGGGGUGGCGGCGGUGAUGGCCCUGUCGUGCCCACGAUCCAGAACAUUCAGCAGACAGAUGGCGCCGCCAGCAACAAGCGCGGCAGCUGGUUCUUCAGCAAGUCAUAA